UAAAUAUUAUUGUAGCGGAAGUUUGAAGUGGGAAAGAGUUAGAUAGUUCAGUUAGAACAAUAAUGAGCAUCAUUUCAAAAGUGGUUUGAAGUUUCUGUGAAUGACUUCAAAUAAUCAAGACUUCUUUGGUAAAUGAACAUUGAGCAGGAUAUCCAGCAGCCAGGAUUUCAAUUUCCUUGAAACAGUUCAACUCCUGACAACUUAAGCAUCACUGAUUUUCAACAGGGCUGAAUUCUCAAAGCUAGGGAUUGGAAACAAAUCCAUUUCUGCCUUUUAAUUCGCGUACAUAACAAUUGGAUUACCGAAAAUUAGCCGCACUGAAUCAUGAAGAAUUUAUAAAAGGGAUUUUCCUGCCCAGUUUAUUUAGUGAUGCAACAAAAGUCCCAGUAGAAAUAUUAAAAGGCUAUAUAUGUGUCCGAAUGUCUUGACGGUCCAUCAUUUUACGAAAUGAGCAGGAAGGCAGCAUGACAUGACUGUGAGACUCUCUUAAUAAUUGAUCACCACCAUUAAUUCACCAAUUUUAACAACAAAAAUCAAUUAUGGCCUCCAUCUUGCCCUACAGUUUGGUUCUGGUGAUUUUCGGGAUCUCCUGUUGUCAGUGCCAAAGUGUUGCCUACAACACCGCAGAGGAAGUCCUACCACCAGUUUAUCUCGGUAAUGUGGCAAAAGACAGCAACCUCUCUUCCACCAUUGAUCCCAGCAUUCUUGCCAACAUCAAGUUCAGUUUUCUGAGUGUAGGUAGUGAUUCUGACAACAGUGAUCUCUUCCAAAUUAACGAAAAUACAGGAGAUCUAGAGACCAAAUCAAAACUAGACAGAGAGGCCCUCUGUCCUUUUCAGAAACUUUGUGUUCUUCCUCUCAGGAUUGGUGCUAACAGUGGAACUUUUUUCCGGACCAUCAAUGUUAACAUUUCCAUUUCUGACAGAAAUGACAACUCCCCAUUAUUUCCUAUGAAUUCUACCUCAUUGUCCAUUCCAGAAGAUGCCAACAUCAAUUCAACUUUUCCUCUUUCCAGUGCAUUAGAUAAAGACAUGGGAGAAAAUAAUUCAUUAAAAACAUAUGUAUUGGAGACUCCAAGCGAUACAUUUGGAUUAUUGCUGGGCCGCAAAAUUGAUGAAACUUUGGAGGUGAAUUUGGUGCUAACUCAGAAACUUGACAGAGAAAAAGUGCGUUCUUAUAGAGUGUACUUGGUCGCUAAAGAUGGUGGUCUUCCUCAAAGGUCGAGUACCAUGACAAUAAAUGUUGCUGUUCAGGAUAUAAAUGACAACAAACCUAGGUUUAGCUACUCCCAAUACAAUGUUACUAUUCAGGAGGACAUUACUGUUGGAACAACCAUCAUGAAGGUGUCUGCUUCUGAUGAUGAUGAUGGACAAAAUGGCGUCGUGGAAUACCAAUUUUCGUCAACUCCAAAUGGAGAAAGCCAGAAAUUAUUUUCAAUUAACAACAAUACGGGGGAGGUCAAAGUAAUUCAACAAUUGACCUUUACCUCUGGUGAGCCCCACAGAAUUGUAGUCUCUGCAAUUGACCAUGGAUUUCCUGCCCUUAGUAGUCAGGCUUUUAUCAACAUACACGUUGUUGAUGUCAACAACCAUGCUCCAGAAAUCAACAUCAACCUUCUCUCUGGUGGUAAAGUGAGUGAGAGUUCCAAUAAAGGAACUGUCAUUGCAUAUGUCGCUGUUGUUGAUAGAGACACCGGUAAAAAUGGACAAGUCAAAUGUAAAAUCAUUCAUCCAAAAUUUCAGCUUCACGUUCUCUCCAACACGGAGUACAAAGUUGUUGUAUCUGAUGAGCUGGACAGAGAGGAGAAUAUAGAGUACAUAGUCAAAGUCUACUGUGAGGACGAUGGCAUUCCAAAACAGAACAAAUCAAAGAGUUUCAUAGUGCAAGUCCUUGACACGAAUGACAAUGAACCCAAGUUUGACAGAGAUUUGUACAACGCAACCAUUACAGAGAACAAAGCUCCCGGCCAGAUGAUCACCAAAGUCACAGCUUCUGACAGUGACCAGGAAAAUAAUGCAGAGGUCCACUACGCUAUAGAGCCAAACUUUCGGAGCAAGUUUGAAGUGGAUUCUAGCACUGGAAUAAUCAGAGCUAAAGUGGACUUUGACAGAGAACAGGAGAGUUCCAUUACUUUCAAGGUGUAUGCUGCCGACAAUGGAACACCAGUUCCCCUGACUGCUACAGCCACCGUGAAACUUAAUAUUGAGGAUGACAAUGAUGAAUUUCCAACGUUUAAUAAGAGUAGCUACAAUUUCCAAGUGAUGGAGAACAAGAAUGCUGAUUUUGUGGUGGGAACAGUGCUUGCUACAGACAAAGACAUUGGUUCCAAUGCAGCCAUUGUGUACACUCUACCCUUUUCCUACCAGAAUGCUCCUUUCUCCAUCAACCCAUCAACAGGGGAGAUCAAAACUAAUAGACGACUGGAUCGUGAAGCCAAACCAAGCUACACUCUCUCCGUGAUGGCCACAGAUAGAGGUGUUUCACCAAAAAACUCAUCUUGCACUGUGACUGUAACAGUCUUGGAUGAAAAUGAUGAGUACCCCCAUAUCAGGUUCCCCAACAGAGGAAACGAGUCAAUCAAAGUACCCCACACCACCCUACCAAACUCCAUUGUCACUCAAGUAGAGGCCUAUGACAAAGAUGAAGGAGAGAAUGGGACUCUAAGAUACAGCAUUGUGAAGCGGGAUGAUGACAACCUGUUUUAUAUUGACGCCAAAACUGGGCAGAUUUAUUUAUCCAGGAAGAUCGAAAGUUUCGACAUCAAGGAGUUUUCUCUGUUCAUUGACGUUUCGGACCAAGGUGCUGUUCCACUGAAAACUGGGGUGGAAGUGAGACUGUUUGUGGAAUAUCAUGCGAUUCCGACAGUGGCGGAGCAGAAAAUUGGACAGAAUGUGUUAAUAGCCAUUACCAUUGCAUGUGUGACAAUAGUGCUUUCAUUGGCCAUUUUAGUGACCAUUUUCCUGAUCAAGAGAGUGGAUAAUAAUAAGCGUAAAAGACUUCCUAAUGUGGAAUCCAUUGAUCAGCAUGAAUUCCAGCUCCCAGACACUGUGCAAUACAAUUCUAAAAAAUCUUGUCUCACUCGAGAAAACUCACAUAAAACGUAUCUCACAGACAAUAAUAAUCUCACAUCUCAUGAAGUGAAGAAAGUGAGCUUCUCGUCAGACGAUCAACAAGAUUCAGGGAUUUUUAUGAUUGGUCGGGAUGUGGGACCCAAUGGCAUUGUCUCCACCAAUCAACACAUCUAUGCAAAUCACCAUCAGUCUCCAUAUAAUAGUCAGCCUGAGGACACCCCUCCCCCGCGACCUCGGAGGGAGAAGAAGCCGUCCGAUCUCCACCAGGAGGAACUCAACCGAAUGGCGUCCAUCAACUUCCACCAGAAACUCAUCAACAACUACAACAAACCUCUAGUCUAUCAUCCCGAGGAGAACAGACAUUUUCUGUCCCUGAAGAAACCAGGUGUUGAGGACACGAACAGUGAUGGAUCAGGGGAGGUCACUGUGUCAGACAGCGGACGUGGGGGAAGCAUGGAGGAUCUUCACAGAGCCAGUGUCAUGAUCUAGUCAGGAUUGGGGAUAUUCAGGGAUUAAAAGGAGAGACUUGCAUUCCUUAUUGGAAAUGGAUUUUAAGGAUUUGGUGCAUUAUAGAGAAACUGCGACAGACUAGAGUACAAUGGAGUCCCUGUCAGGCUGGAACUGACGGUCAAAGGGAGGCUACUCAGUGGGCGCUAAGAUACUUUAGAUACUGCAGCUCCAAUUCCACAGCCAUUAAGAAUCAUCGGACAUAAUAUUGACAAUCUGUGAUCUCAUAUUAACUUUCACAUUAUUUUCAUAUGAUGUUUAUUAAUUUCAAACUACCGUACAAAUAUUCCAUAAAUCCAUUCCUCUUUCCUUUAUUUUGUAUGGAAGAAAUCAGGAUCUUGAUAAUUAAUUUGUUUAAUUACCAUCUUCGUUUACUCUAGUCUCGGUUUCAUUCAUUAUUAUUUAUUACCUUGUAUUGUAAAUAUUUCUUACUGUGUAUAUUGUUAUAUUUGUUAUUGUUGAAUCAAUGAAAAUUAAAAAGAUUGAAUAUCAAUAGAUGUAUUUGUUUUAGUUAUGUUAAAAAUUAAAGGGAUUUAAUUAAACAAUAAAAUGCUUUCUUUAAUUUGGCAUUUCUUGCACGCAUGAAAGUAACGAAAAUG